GCGCCCCGGCCCGCGGCCCCGGCCCACUCCCGCCCUCCGGCCCCGGGACGCACGCAUGGUCUCGCCGUCCGCUUUGCAGACGCGCACGGUCAUGGCCUGCCCGUACUCCAGCGCCACCUGCGAGCCGAUCUCCUCCGCCGUCACCUGCGGGCGGCACGGCCGCGGCCGGCGAGUGACCUGGGCCUGAGCCCAGCCACCGCUACCCCGGCUUCCGUCAGGCCCCCUGCGGCCCCGGCCCUACCUGCGGCGGGAGGUCACAGAGCAGCGGAUCCUGCACCAGCCGCGCAAGCGCCUCCUGGAAGAGCUCCAGCACCUCAGCGUGCGCCAGCUCCUCCUCGGGCUCGGGCUCCGCCGCCAUCGUCGCGCCGGAAGGGGCGGUCGGCGCCGCGGAACCGGCGAUGCUGCUCUUCUGCCCGGCCUGCGGUAACGUGCUGGUGGCCGAGGAGGGGCCGCGCUGCCACCGCUUCGCCUGCACCACCUGCCCCUACGUGCGCAACGUCACGAGGAAGGUGACGAGCAGGAAGUACCCGCGGCUCAAGGAGGUGGACGAUGUGCUGGGCGGCGCCGCGGCCUGGGAGAACGUGGACUCCACCGCAGAGCCGUGCCCCAAGUGCGAGCACCCCCGCGCCUACUUCAUGCAGAUCCAGACGCGCUCGGCCGACGAGCCCAUGACCACCUUCUACAAGUGCUGCAAUACGCAGUGCGGGCACCGGUGGCGGGACUGAGGGCCCCGGCCCGCUCCUGCCUCAGCGCGGAGGGCAGAGGCGCGGCCCAGGCCCGCUGGGAUUUGGGGAGGAAAAGGGAAUCUGCUGCAAUAAACGUGUCCCUGGGUGUAA